AUGAUUCUCUUUGAAACUUUAGAAUAUGUAAACAUAAAAUUUUUGAAAAUUUUAUCAGAAUCGCAUCUGGAUGUUAGUUUCGCUCUUCACAUUUUUUAUCACUUUAUUUUGGUUUAUUGCAACAAAAAUUGAUCCCACCGAUCCUGAAAUAUAUCAUUAAUAUCGUUUGAAAGAAUAAAAGUAAUAAAUUUAAGAAUAAUCAUAGAGCAAAAUAUCAAACAAAGUUAAAUUGUUAUUGUAAAAUUUGUUUAGCUUUUGUUAAGACAUCAUCAAAACAUUGUAAAUCAUGUAAUAGAUGUACAGAUCAAUUUGAUCAUCAUUGCAUUUGGUUGAACAAUUGUAUAGGAUUGCAAAAUUACAAAUUUUUCUUUAUCCUAAUUGUUUUAUUAGAACUAUAUCUAAUUACUGUAUUGAUAGUAUGUUUUAUGAUAAAAUCAAUAAUUGGUUAUAUUGAAAUAGGCUUUACGUUUUUGUUACUAAUACCAAUAACAUUUUUACUUUUUAUGCAUAUAUAUUUUCGAUUUAAAGGAAUAACCACUUAUGAAUAUAUAUUAUUAAAAAGAAAAAUCGCAUAAAAAACAUCAACAGAAAAGAUAGAUGAAAAAUAAUAAGAAAAUACAUCGAAUCAAACAAAUAUUCAAACGAAUAUUGUUUCUAGAAAUUAUAUUUAAUAGACAAAUUUGAAUCCAUUAACAAAUAAUUAAAAAUCUCAAAAUAACAAAUAACAAAUAGAUUGGGAUUAAGAAGAUGCAGAUGUAGAAGAUGCUCAAAGUUUUCAUGCUAAAGAACCUUUACCGUUGUCUAGUUAAAAGAGUAGUGGUAGGUAAUUAGAUUAAUAAUGUAAUUCUGCCAAUAGAAGAACUUGUCCAAAUACUCAUCGGUAUUGAAUUGGGUUAUAGUAUUAGAGGGAAUACAUCUGGGUUAUAAUUGACAGAACAUAAACCAAUAAAGUCUUUGUUUAAUGUUAAAGAUGUCCAAAAUUUAUAUGAAGAUCAUAUGAUCAAUAAUGUAAAUGAAGGGUCUAUCAUCCAUUUUGAUUCGAAACAUUCAUAAAAAACUGAUUAAUUAGAUAUAAAUAUAUGA